CGACAUGUUCUUAAAUCGUUUCAACGAUAUGUGUUUCUGAAGUCAAAAAGUGACGUUUUUGCACCAAAAGUGCUAAACGCAGAAAAACCCUUGCCUGUUACGAUUGUCGUUUUGGGUUAGGGUUUUCUGAAACUUCUCCACUAUUCUUUCUCAGCCUCAGCUCUGUACGUCCAUGGAGUUCGACGGUGGAGACGCCUCUCAAAUUACUCGCGAAAUAGAAACUCUCAAAGCCACUAGGACCGACAUAGACAGUCGAAUAUCAGCCCUGGAAACUCAGCUUCACGAGAUUAAUCUUAGUCAUGAGAAGAACGCCGUCCUUAACGAUGGCUCUUGUCCCCCGAUUUCGACCGUUGUUUCGGGCUUCGGUCACGAGUUAUCGUCCGAUAUGAUUUAUCGUUACAGUCGGCACCUUUUGCUUCCUUCGUUUGGAGUCCAAGGGCAGUCGAAUCUCUUAAAGUCAUCCAUUGUAGUGGUUGGAGCUGGUGGGUUGGGCUCGCCUGCUCUGCUGUAUCUUGCUGCUUGUGGUGUUGGCCGAUUGGGAAUUGUCGAUCAUGAUGUGGUUGAGCUUAAUAAUAUGCACAGGCAGAUUAUUCAUACCGAACAGUAUAUUGGUCAGCCAAAAGUAAAAUCAGCUGCUGCUGCUUGUCGAUCGGUCAACUCUUCUAUUAAAAUUGUGGAACACACAGAAGCUUUACGCACCUCCAAUGCUUUGGAGAUUCUUGGCCAAUAUGAUAUUGUAGUAGAUGCAACUGACAAUGCACCUAGCCGUUACAUGAUUAGUGAUUGCUGCGUGGUAUUAAGGAAGCCUCUUGUAUCUGGUGCUGCACUGGGACUGGAAGGUCAGCUCACAGUGUACAAUUACAACGGUGGUCCAUGCUACCGAUGUUUAUUUCCCACUCCACCACCUUCAACAGCAUGCCAAAGAUGCGCUGACAGUGGUGUUUUGGGAGUUGUGCCUGGUGUAAUUGGCUGCCUCCAAGCUCUAGAGGCAAUUAAGAUUGCAAGUGCAGUUGGUGAACCUCUCUCAGGAAGGAUGCUUCUUCUUGAUGCAUUGUCAGCACGAAUUAGAAUUGUCACCAUCAGGGGAAGGUCAUUGCAAUGUGAAGUCUGUGGUGAAAAUUCAUCAUUCACUAACAAAAAAUUUAAGGAAUUUAAUUAUGAGAAGUUCACUCAGACUCCACUGUCUUCGUCACCUAUGAAAUUAAAUUUACUUGAGGAAGAUUCCAGAAUAAGCACCACAGAAUUAAAGGAGAAAAUAGUUAAAGGUGAAGCAUAUGUAUUGGUUGACGUUCGUCCAGAACACCAUUUCAAGAUUGUUUCUCUUCCUGGGUCCUUGAACAUCCCUCUCCGAAGUUUGGAGGCUAGGCUUCCUGAAAUCUCUUCAGCUUUAGAGGAAGAGAGUAAUAAAGCAGGGUCUGGUUCAGGUGCCCAAUUAUAUGUAAUGUGUAGACGAGGUAAUGAUUCUCAGAGGGCUGUUCAGUCCCUUCACAAAUUGGGUUUCACUUCAGCCAAGGAUAUCCUUGGGGGACUAGAGGGUUGGGCCAGGGAUGUGGAUCCAAACUUGCCUAUGUAUUAGCAGAUUUACUUCUUCUUGGUACUUCUUAAUUGAUGAACAAUGUAGACUUGAAAGACUAAUAUAUUUAUAUGUUUUUUUUGGCUA